GUAUGUGUGUGUGUGUGCGCCUAUGUGGGGGUGUGAGUGUGUGAGAGGAAGCGGGGGUGCGUGCCUGUGUGAGUGUGUCCGCGUGUGUCUGUGUGAGUGCGUGUGUGUGUGUGUGUGUGUGUGUGUGUGAGUGAGUGAAUUCCAGAUUUUCUGUCUUCCCCAAACCCGCGCCUGUCCUCUCGCAUAUCACUCACAGGCGGGAUCUGACAGCAGCCACAAACCCACAGUGAGUGAUCUCUCCCCCAGGCGCGGAUCCGCCAUCAAGACCGGCCAGGAGGAGGAGGAAGAGGAGGAGGCGCAGGAGGAGGGGAAGGGGAGAAGGAGGAAGAAGAGGAAGAAGAAGAAGAAACCACUACCUUCCCGGGAUCGCCUUUUUUUUUUCCUCCUUCCUUAUCUCUGCGCGCGCGUGUGCGCGUGGCGCGUGUGUGCGCCUCUCGUCCCUUCCCUCCGAGCCUGGGCUUGGAUGUUUAAUAAAGAAAUCAAGUGUCUCCACAGUCACAAAAACAACCACCACCAAAACCAAAAAAAGAAAAAAAUCCAAAAAGAGCAGAAACAGAAAGAGGGAGAGAAAGAGAGGAAAAAAAAUCCAAAACAAACAAACAAAACAACAAGGCGCAGCGGCCAGCCUCUACUUCAAACCAGCCGCCGGCACCAGCCGCCACCCGUGCCCGCCGCCCAGGAGGGGGUCUCUGGCCCGCGGCGGAGUGGCAGGGGGGAUCGCCGGGGGGACAGAGGCCGAGACGCCCCAGGAGCCACCGGGCAGGAGGCGGAGGAGGAGAGCCGGCGGGCGGAGAGACCGCGGGCCCCGCGCGCGGCUGGGGCUGGGGCGCCCGAAGUGGGACUGGAGCGAAGUUGAGCGAUGCCAAGGAGGAAACAGCAGGCACCCAAGCGGGCGGCAGGCUACGCCCAGGAGGAGCAGCUGAAGGACCAGGAGGAGAUAAAAGAAGAAGAGGAAGAGGAGGAAGACAGUGGUUCCGUGGUUCAACUGCAGAGCAGCAAUGACCCCGGGACAGACGAGGAGCUAGACAUGGGUCCGGAGCCGAAGGGCUGCUUCAGCUACCAGAACUCCCCGGGCAGCCACUUGUCCAACCAGGACGCGGAGAGCGAGUCUCUGCUGAGUGAUGCCAGUGACCCUGUGUCCGACAUCAAGAGUGUGUGCGGUCGGGAUGCCCUGGACAAGACAGCCGGCGCUCGGCCCAAGCUGCCCGGGGAAGCCCACAACUGCAUGGACAAAAUGACGGCCGUCUACGCCAACAUCUUGUCUGAUUCCUACUGGUCGGGCCUGGGCCUGGGCUUCAAGCUGUCCAACAGUGACCGGCGGCAUUGUGACACCCGAAAUGGCAGCAGCAAGACGGAUUUUGAUUGGCACCAAGACGCUCUGUCCAAAAGCCUGCAGCAGAACCUGCCGUCCCGAUCCGUGUCAAAGCCCAGCCUGUUCAGCUCGGUGCAGCUGUACCGGCAGAGCAGCAAGGCAUGCGGGAGCGUGUUCACUGGGGCCAGCCGGUUCCGCUGCCGCCAGUGCAGCGCCGCCUACGACACCCUGGUUGAGCUGACCGUGCACAUGAACGAGACGGGCCACUACCAAGACGACAACCGCAAAAAGGACAAGCUUCGGCCCCUGAGCUACUCCAAGCCCCGCAAGCGGGCCUUCCAGGACAUGGACAAGGAGGACGCCCAGAAGGUGCUAAAGUGCAUGUUCUGCGGCGACUCUUUUGACUCCCUCCAGGAUCUGAGUGUCCACAUGAUCAAAACAAAACAUUACCAAAAAGUGCCUUUGAAGGAGCCCGUCCCCACCAUUUCAUCCAAGAUGGUCACUCCAGCCAAGAAGCGCGUCUUUGAUGUCAACCGGCCGUGUUCCCCGGACUCCACCACGGGGUCGUUUGCGGACUCAUUUUCGUCCCCAAAGGGCAGCAGCCUGCAGCUGUCCUCCAACAACCGCUACGGCUACCAGAACGGCGCCAGCUACACCUGGCAGUUCGAGGCCUGCAAGUCCCAGAUCCUCAAGUGCAUGGAGUGUGGGAGCUCCCACGACACCUUGCAGCAGCUCACCACCCACAUGAUGGUCACAGGACACUUUCUCAAGGUCACCAGCUCUGCCUCCAAGAAAGGGAAGCAGCUGGUGUUAGACCCACUGGCAGUGGAGAAAAUGCAGUCUUUGUCCGACGCUCCCAACAGCGAUUCUCUGGCUCCCAAGCCAUCGAGUAAUUCAGCUUCGGACUGUGCCGCUUCCACGACUGAGAUAAAGAAGGAGGGUAGGAAAGAAAAGCCAGAGGAGGCCACCAAGGAGGAGAAAGUCGUGAAAAGCGAGGACUAUGAAGACCCUCUACAAAAACCGCUAGACCCUACCAUAAAGUAUCAGUACCUACGGGAGGAGGAUCUGGAAGAUGGCUCCAAGGGUGGAGGGGACAUCCUGAAAUCACUGGAAAACACUGUCACCACAGCCAUCAACAAGGCCCAAAACGGGGCUCCCAGCUGGAGCGCAUACCCCAGCAUCCACGCUGCCUACCAGCUGUCGGAGGGCACCAAGGCCUCCUUGCCUCUGGGUUCCCAGGUGCUGCAGAUGCGGCCCAACCUCACCAACAAGUUGAGGCCAAUUGCUCCCAAGUGGAAAGUCAUGCCCCUGGUUUCUGUGCCCACGAACCUGGCCCCAUACACUCAAGUGAAAAAGGAGCCAGAAGAUAGGGAGGAAACAGUGAAGGAGUGUGGGAAGGAAAGUCCCCGUGAAGAAGCGUCAUCUUUCAGCCACAGUGAGGGGGAGUCUUGCUCCAACAGCGAACCCCCUUCCGAAUCCAAAAAGCCUGAGCCUUGCCCCCCGAAGGAGGAGGACAAGCUGAUAAAAGAGGGCGGCGAGAAGGAGAAAACUCAGCCCCUGGAGCCUGCGUCUCCCCUCAGCAACGGGUGCGCCCUCGCCAACCACGCGUCGGCCCUGCCGUGCAUCAACCCGCUCAGCGCGCUGCAGUCCGUCCUGAACAACCACCUGGGCAAAGCCACGGAGCCCCUGCGCUCCCCUUCCUGCUCCAGCCCCAGCUCAAGCACAAUCUCUAUGUUUCACAAGUCCAGUCUCAGCGCCAUGGACAAGCCGGCCUCGAGUCCUGCCACCGCGAGGCCAGCCAGCGUGUCCAGGCGCUACCUGUUUGAGAACAACGACCAGCCCAUCGACCUGACCAAGUCCAAAAGCAAGAAAGCCGAGUCCUCCUCGCAAGCACAAUCCUGCACGUCCCCGCCUCAGAAGCAUGCUCUGUCUGACAUCGCCGACAUGGUCAAAGUCCUCCCCAAAGCCACCACCCCGAAGCCCGCCGCCUCCUCCAGGGUCCCGCCCAUGAAGCUGGAGGUGGACGUCAGGCGCUUCGAGGACGUCUCCAGUGAGGUCUCCACGUUGCAUAAAAGAAAGGGCCGACAGUCCAACUGGAACCCCCAGCACCUCCUGAUCCUGCAGGCUCAGUUCGCGUCGAGCCUCUUCCAGACGUCGGAGGGCAAGUACCUGCUGUCCGACCUGGGCCCCCAAGAGCGGAUGCAGAUCUCAAAGUUCACGGGACUCUCGAUGACCACCAUCAGCCACUGGCUGGCCAACGUCAAGUACCAGCUUAGGAAAACGGGCGGGACGAAAUUUCUGAAAAACAUGGACAAGGGCCACCCCAUCUUUUACUGUAGUGACUGUGCCUCCCAGUUUAGAACCCCUUCUACUUACAUCAGCCACUUGGAAUCGCACCUCGGCUUCCAAAUGAAGGACAUGACCCGCAUGGCCGUGGAGCAGCAAGGCAAGGUGGAACAAGAGAUCUCCCGGGUGUCGUCGGCUCAGAGGUCUCCGGAAACCAUAGCUGGCGAAGAGGACACGGACUCUAAGUUCAAGUGUAAGUUGUGCUCUCGGACAUUUGUGAGCAAACACGCAGUAAAACUCCACCUAAGCAAAACGCACAGCAAGUCACCCGACCACCACUCUCAGUUUGUAACAGACGUGGAUGAAGAAUAGCUGCGCAGGACAAAUGCCUUAGCUCCGCCUCUCCAGUCUGGACCCCUGAGCCCCUGGCCCACCCUCCACGCCCGCUGCUGACAUUGAACUCCUGGCGCCCUGCUCUCCGAAGAUUGCCCCCCAAAAACCCACCCGGCCAUCGCUCUUCAUCCGCACUAACCAACCAUUUGGUAAUGAAGUAUUGAUUUCCACUUCUCUGCUUAUGGACGAUAUUAGAUUUCCAUUGAUAAACUGCAGAGGGGCCGUCUCGUCUCCACGGCCCCCUUUGCGCCGUCCCGAGGAAACAGUGGCCCUGACGACAAAUCAUGCCCGAGGACACACGGAUGGACUCAUUCUGUCCGUUUGUAACGCUCGACAGGAAAGGGGAGGGGGGUUCCCCCGAAGUCUCUCCACAGCCUCCUGGCCAAGUGGGCCUGGCCGCCGGGAAGCCUGCUGCUCCGGGUGAUGUGCGUUUCCUAUUUAUAACCCCCCGGGGAGCGUUUGUCUAAGGAAAUGUUUCUGUUCGGAGCAACAAUUACGGUUGCACCUGGAUUGCCCAGUCCUGCCCCUGCCCUGGGGAGCCAUUCGUCAGCGCGAAGUGGAAGAAUUAUUAAGUGAAACCAGACUCUGCGCCAAGGGGACCUCCGCGCGGGGUUCAUCUUCUGCGCGAGCUGCUCCAGCGCCGGGCUUCGCCGUGUGGCUGCAAAGAUGAGCUCCCUGCAGCGUGGGCAUCGCCACGGUGGGCAUCGUCACUGGGUUUAAAAAAAAAAAAAAAAAAUCCGCUUUGAGCCUGCAGCUGUCCCAGGAGGCCUGCCAUGGGGAGGAUGGGGACGGGGUGCAAUGCUGGCUCUGGGAGGUAGCACGCAGCUGCGGCCGCUGCAGGCUCCUCGCCCGCAGUCUCCCGGGCGGGCAGGACCAGGUUGUUGAUGGCGCCGAGGCCAGCUCGGCCUCCGAAGCCACGGAGAGCAUGAAAUAGGGUGUCCAUUUUAAAAUGUGUUUCUGCAACUUUUUUCAUUAAAACUUGGAGGGCCCAAUUUUAAUUUGUAGAAUAUUCCCGUUAAUAAUGAGAUCUAAUUAAGACAUCCAUUAAAAGGCCGUUAAAGUUAAUUUAACGUAAAAAUUCCAAUAGAACUGCAUUAGAUUUUCUCCAUUAAAUUAACGUUAUGGAUUUUUAACGGAUGUCUUAAUUAUACGUUAUUAUUAACAGGAAUACUGUAUUACACAGAUUAAAAUCAGGUCCUAAGUCAACUUGGAAAAGCUAAGAGUGUGUUUUAAUAUGAAAAGUCUUGCAUACCUAGCGCACACUCUGGAAAUGCAGGGGGUAGGUCUGUUUGCUCGAGCUGAGCGUUUUCUGUACAACUGAAAGCAACCUAUAAUGGAGAAAUCCAUCAUUGCAUUUAAACAGUGAAUUUCCUUAUUCUCAAAGGACAAAUAAGCCUGACUUGUGUUGCAACCUGCUACCCAGCAAUAGGUGAUUCUUGGCACAACACUAAGAACUAGAUGAUUUUGAAACAAAAGGAAUAUUUUUGUUGUUGCUUUAAUGGCCAGGUUAUCACACACACACACACACACACACACACACACACACACAAAAAAAAAAUCUCCAACAAAAUGAAACCAAAUAUAACCUCUUCACCAUUUCUCAUGGAGGCUGCCUGUUGAGUUGUUUUUGGAACUUUUGACAUGAUCCCUAAAUUCAACAUUGGGAUUUUAAAAAAAAACAAAAAAACUUAUUUACCUCCUAGGGAAAGUGUUGCCCUUAUGCCACAUAUAAUAGCAAAUUGCUUUUUUUUAUGGCAUGCAUAACCUAGAUGGGGAAAAAUAUGGCGCUUCGGGGAAGGAGGGAAAAAAGUAAAUGAAGUUCCAGGAAUGUCAUUCUGAAGUAAUGAGGCAUGGACAGAAACUACACCCCUCACAUCAUCGGAUUGAGAUGGCAGUCGAAAUAGCUUCAUUGAGGUGUCAGCACUCAUCCAUCAAUCAAUCACCCACAAGGAAAAAUCACAACAGUACAACGGGGCGGCUUUUAUGGGAUUUACUCAUGGGCAUAGGAAAUAGCGGCUCAAAUGCAGUUCUGACAUGAAAAGCAAGGUGCUGAUAUUAUUUUUUAUGAUGGGAGGAUCAUAAAGUGAAUUGAGAACAGCCAGGUCUGUCUUUGCUUAACCUAUUCAACCAGAAAUGAAUGGAGCUCAACUGGAAAGGCGCAGUCUUUGCAUGGGCUAAGAUGGAAGGGUGGCCUCCUCUGAGCCCUGUCCUUCGACAAGGAAAUUCUAUUAAAGGGAAAUCAGUGCAUUAGCAUGGAGGUUCUUGAAGCUGUGCAAAAUUGCCUGCUCCAACCCAGGGGUGUUCGAUAAAGUUUCAUAAUUCAGACUCUGCCACAAUGUCCAAAAGCAAAUUCUUGAGCUCUUGUUCCAACCAGGGGGGAGUGAGGGAGGUGGAGGGGAGGGAGCAAUGCAGUCCUCAGCUCCGUGGAAAUAGUUCCCUGCUAAGAAAAAAAUAAAUCAUUUGCUUCAACAUAUAAUCUAUACAGUUUUGUUAGUGCAAUUUCUGUGGAGGGUUGGGGUGGGAGGCGAGAGACAAAAAUAUUGAUAAAUUUGGUAAGACUCAUGAAUUGUCGCUUGGUAACCGUGAAUGUCACCGCUGAGGGACAGCUGCUAAUGUUCUGAGGAACAGAUCUGGGCUCGCGCUGAGAGAUACUCACGAUUCUGAGUAUAUUCCUAGAGACUCAGCCUGUCUUCAUUUGGCAAGCCCUGCGAGGCUUCUAAAGCUUCGUUCUGGAGGGGAAAACUAAACAAUACGAACUCAGGAGAAUGUGUUUACCUGCUUUCAUGCCAUUCUUUUCCUCUCCGUGAAUAAAUGCGGUUCUGAUCAGCCAGGACUUUAGAAACGGAAAGGAAGAUGGCGUGCAAAUGACACUCGAGAAUCUCUAUUCGGCCGCCACCCUUGGUAUCAGUGAGGGGGAGGUUGCCUCUCCUUCUCCCUCCCUCUUUCUAGCAAGGCCACCGACCCGCUGCAAAAGGAAGGGUCCAUUGAUAAAACUAUAUAAAUAAUUACGUUUUCUGUAUUGGGCCCCUUUUUACAACCUGUUCCAAACACUGGGGGCACACGGCAGAGCAGGAAGCACAACGUAUUCAGCAAAUUCGCCCAGCAAUCCUCAGUGGGCAGCUGCUGUGUGCACAGCACUGUCCUGGGUGGCAUGGGUCACAGCGUGAAGAAGUCCCAUAAGGCCCCGGGCCUCCGGGGAUCAACCGCAGCUCCCAGAGGUAUGGCACCAGACAGCCGGGGGAGGGGAAGGGGACUCCAGUGGGGUCCAACUCCCUGUGUUAUUUGUGCUUUAGUUCUGUUUUUCAAAAUAAUAUUUCAGAAUAGGGAAUGCUCCUUCUGAAAAAUAUACCAGGAGGAAAUAGCUUAAAAAUAGGUCAAGGCCUGAAAGCAGAAUAUAAUCAUAGAAUAAAUUGGAUAGCCCGGACAGUCCCCACGGAAUUUCUUUAAGGUCACCGGUAGAUUUCUUAAAACUCACCCCAAAAUGUGCCUACUCGGUUGUUUGAGUCUUGCACAAUUAAUGUCACAGGCACAAGCCACUGAGCUCAGUUGAAAUGGAGAAAACAAACAAAUGAAAUGAUACAUGUGGGAAGCACUUAUGUAACUCUGGUCAAGCAGUGAGGAGGGGUGUGUGUGUGUGUGUGUGUGUGUGUGUGUGCUGUGAGCAAGUGCGUGCGUGCAUGUGAAUUUCACUGUUAUUUUCUAGGCCCACAGUAAGAGUCUAUGGUUUUCUGAACGUUUUCACUGUAAACCCAAAGAUUACGGGGCCUUCCAAGGUGCUUGCCUUCUGUUAAUUCUCCAUCUCUCAUUCCCCAGGUUAUUUGUGUUCCAAUCUUUUUCAUCGGGCUUCAUUUUUAAGCUUGUUAAAUGGUUUUGCUUUUUAAAAGAUGAUAACAUUAUUUUCACAUCAUUGUCUAUUCUCUGCAACAAGAAUGGAAGUAUGUUGAUGAAUGCUAAAAUAAUAAUAAUAAGAAGAAAAUAAAUUGGAGGCUUUAAACACACAUAUACAUCUGGCAUUCUAAAGACCAAUACAAGGAUAUCUAUUUGGUUCAUGCAUUAGAAAAAACAAAAAACAAAAAAAAUCACAGCUGAACUUUUGAUUUAUGUCUUUUCCCCUGUAAGAUGUCAAAAUGCUAAUUUCACUUUCCCCCUCCCUCUCGGUGGCACUCUCUCAAAAUACCCGUGAAAUAUUUUGAGGCAAAGACCUAGCAGGAAGGAGAAAGAGAGACAAAUUUCCAACCACCCCAGACAGAGACACAUAUUUUCGUUGUAGGGAAGCAUUAAACACUUGAAACUUGUGAAUCAUCUUUAGAAUUUCUACCGGGGAAUUUUACCUCUUCAUCCAAAGUAAAAGCCACUUAUCUCCUUUGGUUUCCUGUGACAGGUUCAGGGGCAAACCGAGAUACACAAUUUCCAGGCGAGAGUCACCCUCCUUCCCAGAGCUACGAACAAUGGGCUCAGGGGCGUGGGUGUUUCUCCAAAAAUUAUUCAUGCGCAAGGCAGCUCAGAGCUCCAGGGAGAACGGGAAAUGUUUUAUGGAUUACAAGAGGGCUGUUCUAAAAUGCUGGGACCAGGUGGAAUGCUAUUUCUGCAAGAGGAUCCUGGCCAUUUCCUUUGGAAAAAUAUAUGGCAAGCAAAAUGGCUCUUCCAAGUAACGGCACCCUGAGCUGACACCUUUCAGCACGCCAGUGAUUGUACCAAUAGCCAUCUGAUUGUCAUUAAGGCCUUUUAAAAGGAUGAUCUGUUUGAGAAAGACCGAUUGCACACUCACAGCCCUUUGUGCGAUGUUUAUUUGCUUAAAGCUGCUUUGGGAAGUACAAAUAAUAACUCUCUUGUGAGAACCCCCAAGAGAAAUUGAAAAAUUUGAGCAAAUGCAUUACCAAAAAAAAAAAAAAAAUCUACCACUCCCUUCAACCCCUCCAGAAAAUAAAUUUCAGUGUGUUCACUGAAUUAUCCUGAACCUGAAACCUACAUUUAGAUAUCAGACCCCAAGCAAAGCUUAUCUUUACAGAACUUGAGCAGUCAUAUCUCAAACGUGAAGACUUCACGUGGUAGUAUUUUCACUCGCUUUCUAAAUGACCUAGGGAACAUCCAGGAAUUAUAAGUGCGUGAGUGCAUGUGUUUUUUAAAUACACAAAAUUAAACCGGUCCACGGAGAAAACGUAUAAACUCUCCCUUGCUCUGCGUUGAGACAAAUACAACCGAAACAUUCUGGUUUUACAAUACAAUAUUUUGGCUCAUCACAAAAAAAAAAAAAAAAAAAAAAAAAAAAAACACAUCAGACUCUAGAAUGAGCAAUGCAAGUCAAAAAAAAAAGCUUCCAUACGAAACAAUUUUCAUUUGGCUCAGGGUUCUUCAAUGUCAUGAUAUCUCGAGAUACAAUAUACUUUUUAGUCUCUGAUAUGCCGGCAUCUUUCUAAUUCUCCUGGCUGUGACUUCCACAGCCGGGUCCUGUGAGCCUGCUAUCAUCCAAGUCCAUGUCCCUUUAAACCAACCAGGCAGUUGAACAUACACACUCGCUUUAACGGUCACCCGGUUCUUACUCUGCAGAGCGCCUGUAGCUUCUUAGAAAAUUGGACACACCAACCAUGUUUACAUUGCAUAAUUCUGGAUUUGCAUGAAUUCCACGGGGAGAGGGUUCUUUUCGGAAAAAUAAUGGGGAGGUGGGGGAGAGAUAGGGCAGAGUGAGUCAGGAAAAUCACAUUCUUCCCUGCGCUGAAAGAGUUUCUUUGCCAGCGAAGAAAGGGGAACACAUUUUUAUAUUAGGAAAGCAGACUAGUCAUUUUCCAAAAAAAAUGACGGCCACCACCCGUCUCAUAGCUCUGUGCGGACGCACUCACGUUCUAGACCUGCAUGCUGUGUGUAAUGCAUCUGCCUGUAGACGCGGAGGGAAGCCGGGCUGUCCUUGUGUACAAUGCAACUGGGAUGGCUGGGAGCAUAAAGCCCCGUUCAUUUUUAUACUGUACAUAUCUGUAUAUAUUAACUAUAUUGCCAUGUAUGAACACAGAUUUCGUUAUAUUUGCUUGUUUCUGUUUCCUACCAAACUGGCCCACAAUGGGGAUUCUUUUGUAUAGAAGGGAGAGAAAAAAAUGCUUGUAACUUUUUCCCCGAUCAUUCUCUUUGAAUAGCUUAUGAAAGAAUUAGGUCUGAGUUCACAAAGGAAUUCUGAGACCCACGUUUGUCUGCCUGCAUGAGUCCCACCCCACUGCCAGAUCGAGGGAGGAACCGGCGACUUAAUUCCGAGUUUUCCUUUCAAGGCAUGCUCUAUCCCUUGGGAAAGCCGUGUGGAUUACCCGCUUUGUAUUUUAUCUAAUAGUGCCUGAACAUUUUUUAAAUGUCUUCUUAGAGGAAGAAUUCAUAAUUGUCAAAAUUUGAAACAUUAGCUUAAUUCUGUUUUUAUGACCUCGCAUUUCUUCUCUUUAUUUAUUCGGUGGCUGUUGUAAUGGGGCCCCAGGCCAUGCCUGACAUCGGCCUGCUCUUCUUCUGCAUUAAGGAUGUUUUUAAAAUUACGGAGAUUAUUGAGCCAACAGGCUGUUUUAAUCAAAACCAUGUUUCACUUGUUUUUGAUGAUUAUAAAUUGUCCUUGCAAU